GUUCGUAGCAGGCAGUAAUCUACUCCCGUAUGUACUCCGUACAGCGUGCAAGUCCUCCGCCCAUCAGCCAGAGUCAGCGCAGUCUGGCCUGUUCUUGUUCCCCAGAUAGAUUGUCCGAUAGUCGUUUUCUUCGCUUACUCAAUUCCACGCUUCAUCUCCAUUGAACUCGUACUCUCGUACACCCAUCAUUGUCUUCUUUUCUCUUCUCAUUGCUCUCUUCUCUUCCCUUUUGAAUUUUGAACUUUUUGAUUGCUUCAUUGUACCGUACACGCGGCCGGUGUAUGCCGGGUUCCAUUCGCUACCAGACCCCCCCUCUUGAUCGCUUGUCCAUAAUGUCUCCUGACGUCCGACUCGGCGCCUUCUCCUGGCUGAGCCGGAUCGUCGUGCUGUUCACUUGCUUAUCUCACGCAUUCUACAUCCCAGGUACGGAGCCUAGAUCAGACUCCGAGUGGAAGAAGGAAAAUUGGUUUUCGCUGACCAUGGCCCAGGCUACUUAAUACGAAGUUAUCGGGACGAUGACAAUAUUCCUCUCCUCGUGAACAAGGUCUACUCGGACAACACUCAGCUGCAGUACGCCUACUUCGACCUACCUUUCGUUUGCCCUCCCACUGGCCACAAGCUCCAUGGCUCGUCACACGCGAGUGGACACAGCGUCCCCCUCAACCUCGGCGAAGUCCUACGCGGCGACAGGAUCAAGACCUCGGACAUCGAGGUGGACAUGGGACAAGAUGUGGACUGUCAAUAUUUGUGCGAUCGGGUCGUCGAUCGGAGGGGCAUGGAAUGGGCUCAACAGCUGAUCGAAGAGGAGUAUGUCACGGAAUGGAUCCUCGACAACCUCCCCGGCGCCACGUCCUUCGUUACGGUCGAUCGGAGUCGAAAAUACUACGCGGCUGGCUUCAAGAUGGGUUACAAGGAUUUCGACCUCGCGACAGGGAGGCCAAGGUACUUUUACUACAACCACUAUACCCUCGUCGUUCGUUGGCGCCCAGCUCCCGGGAGAGCAGGCGACAACGGCGGCAAGGUGAUUGUCGGCUUCGAGGUCUAUCCCAAGAGCAUCUCGGCGGGACACCGGAACGAAACCGGCUGUCCUCUCGACGUGACGGGAGAACAAGAGCCCUUGGCUCUUUACGUCCCCAGCAACACUAGCAGCCUACAAGAGCAGUUCCCCGACUCCUCUUACGUACCUGAAGAGGUGAUCGACACGGCAGACGGUGCUACUCUGACCAUCCCGUACACCUACUCGGUUUAUUUCCGCGAAGACAAAGAGGUGGAGUGGGCCAACAGAUGGGAUUUGUACUUCAGUGACCAGGCUGAUAGCAAAUUCACCCACUGGCUUGCAAUCAUCAACUCCCUCAUCAUCUCCGGUAUCUUGGGCGCCGUAUGCGUCGUCAUCUGGUCACGAACGAUGCAAGGCGACAUCAAGGGACGUGGAGAUGGGGUGCUCGAGGAAGCUAGAUUGCGUAUUGGCAAGAGAAGUGACAAGAAGAAGUCCACCAGUGGUCUGCUCGAGAAGAUCUCCGAAGCCGGUCCAGACGAAGAUUUGUCUUCCGAUGAAGAGCCUCUCGAGGAGAUCAGUGGCUGGAAACUACUGCAUGGCGACGUGUUUCGACCCCCUCCGUAUGGCGGGCUCCUUGCGCCUGUGGUAGGCUCAGGCAUGCAGCUUGUCUUCGUGGUGGUUGGACUUUUGUCGCUGAGCUGUGCUGGAGUGAUCAAUCCGAGCUGGCGCGGCGGCUUCUGGAGCGUCGGCAUUGGUCUGUUCGUGAUUGCCGGCGUCCUCUCGGGCUACUUUUCGGGACGAGUAUACAAGACUUUUGGAGGCCAGAACUGGCGCAAGAAUACAAUGAUGACUGCGCUGCUCUUCCCUGGCCUUGUGUUCAGUCUCGUCUUUAUGCUCAACCUGUUCUGCUGGGCACAAGCCUCUUCCACGGCACUUCCAUUCUCAACACUGCUUGGUCUGGCUUGUCUGUGGCUUCUUAUUCAGCUUCCUCUGGUCCAUCUCGGUUCGUACUAUGGUUAUUAUCGGUCCUCGGCGUGGGAACACCCAACACGGACCAAUGCUAUACCUCGACAAAUUCCUGCUCAAGCAUGGUAUGCUAGACACCAAAUCGGACUUAUCCUGGGAGCUGGUCUCGUGUCCUUUGCGGUGCUCUUCAUCGAACUCAUCUUUGUCUUCAAGUCUCUAUACCUCGACAAAUCAUCCUACUAUUAUGUUUUUGGCUUUCUGAGCAUCAUCUCGGCACUUCUUUCCGUCACCAUUGCCGAGACGGUCAUCAUCACCACUUAUAUACAACUUUGUGCGGAGAAUUACCAAUGGUGGUGGCAGUCCUUUUUCGUGGGCGGGUCGUCUGGAGUUUGGAUUUUUGUUUACUCGGUGUGGUACUAUGCCACCAGGCUGCACAUUGAUGGAUUUGUGAGCAGCCUCCUGUUUUUCAGCUACAGCGGUCUGGCGUGCGCUGUUUAUUCCUUGGCAACGGGAACGAUAGGGUUCCUGACGGCGUACAUGUUUAUUCGAAGGAUAUACAGCGAUGUCAAGGUGGAUUAAAAAAGCACACCUGUCUUUCCCAGAGGUUUUCUUGGGUCGUCCAUGAGCAAGAAAAUAAGAAACAGGCAACGAGCAAGGUCUAGAGAUUGUAUAGCAUGACGAAAACAACAAUGAUUUUCACUCGGAGACACACAAAGUACUCCAGUCCAGGCAUAUACCUACCUAAGUGUGGUCCAGCAGGACGAUUACGAGGGUCUAGGCGAGAACAAGAUGGGAUGAUCUCAAGUCAGUAGUUCGUAUCCAUGCCGAAGAAUAAAUGAGCAGGAUUAAUAAUAAUGAUGCCCAAAUAGUCAACC